AUGCGGUCCUUCAAGUCGAAGGUAUUGUCAGCCUGUGCGUGGGUGGCACCCGUAUUCGCCGCUGUUCUCCCAAGUCACCAACGUGAGGUAGCUCGCCCAGAUGGCGGGCUUUUGCAGCUAGACCUUCAACAAAACUACGCGCAAGCUACCUUUAGCGUCCCCUGCCAUGGCUGUCUUGGCCACGAUCACACGGACCAGAAUGACGAGUCCCUGACCUUGAGCUUCACAAGUCACUCUCAAGACCAACCCUGUGGCUCCUCUAACAUCACCCUGAAUGGAGUAUACCUUCCUCAAGAGUGGAACGGUGACUUCGCUUCCGGAUCUGGUUCCUACUCCGGCGUCACAGACCUCCAACAGAAUGAAUGGUUUCUUCAGCGCGACUUGGAUCUCGAGUGGAAGUCAGCCUGUCUGCACGGCCACGGGGAGACGGACGAGGCUGCCCAGGUCUUGACAGUCAACAUCAAGGCCAUUGACGGUCGGCCUCUCGUCACGCCCUCUGGUUUUACAAUCUCGUUCAAGCAGCAAACCUCCCCGCCCUCAUUGCUCAGACUUGAACGAGUCCCAAACCCAUCCGCAAGUAACAAGGGAGUCGCCGAUUCCUGGCGGGAGCCUCCUCAGACUCUUCGCCUUGCUCUCUCAAAUAGUACUGUAGAAGCUGAGACCACUGAACCUACUAGCCACUCACUGGAGGACCAUAUCCGUGAGCUUGAGGCUCUUCACGCCAAGGUCCAGGAACUUCAGCAGGCUAUUUCUCAAAAGAAGAAAUACAUCCAUAAACAGCUCCGGAAACAGGCCAAGAACUUUACGGAAGAGCUGAACCAGUGCGACAGUAUUAGUUGCAUUGUCAAGACCGUUGCUCACAAGGCCCAUGGUGCAUGGAGGAUUGUAUACAUUCACUUCCAACCCCGUCAGAGUUCCCAAGAUAUGGGUCGUCCUGAGGAAGUGUUUGCUCAGGCGCAUGGUCAUGCAUCUCAGAUAUCUGGAGGCCACCUCAAAGCGGCGUCCUCAUCUGUUCUUCCCCUUGAGGCACCCACUAAUGAGCUACCACCACGGCCACCAAAGCCAUCACCGUACAUAGUCGCUCUCGAGAUCACACUAGGCAUUCUUUGCUGCGGCUGUCUCGUCGCCGUUAUUCGCCACAAGUGCAGCAGCCUUCGAUCCCGCACCGAACGUGCCGCCGCCCGUGAAGAGCGUCUCAACGUUCGAGCCUACCGCCAAGCAGCCCGUAGACAUGCAUGGCGAAACUGGUGGCGCGGCAACUGGGCACGUCGAGACCACGAGCGCAUCGUAGACUACGAAGAAAAGCGAGCGCUCAUACUGGACCAAGAGAGCGUUCUCGAGGACGCCAUGCAAGAGGAGAUUAGGCAAUUGAGGGCAGCACACGACGUCGUCAAUGAUUUGGUCCGCGACGCCGAGGAAGGCAGGGCAAUCAACCAUGCCCCUUGCAACUGCCAACGUCAACAGCCGCGUGCCCCCUACUCGCCUUUGUCAACUGCAUCCACCUACCCACCCACUUCCCUACCUGAGAUCCCCUCACGGCCACUAUCACGAACUGAUAGCUUACCAAGCUACCAUUCCGACUCGCCUACGGAGCCGCCAAACUACGAGUCAGACGUCGACAUGUCUGAGAUUGUCGCUAAUGGGUUCCGGCAGUACACCUCUUCGACCUCGUCGGGGGUGAGCUCGCACUGGACGCCCGACAGUAGUGUUGUUGAUGUGAGCCCAAGGCCGAGCGCAGAGACGCUGCGAUAUCCGCAAAGCAUACUCACUUAUGAUGAGGAAGAGUCGGAUGGUGACUGA